AUGGAGGAUGUGAGCGAUAUCGACGAACGGUCUAAUAAAAGGUGGCUCCCGUGCCAUGACCUUACUUGCCAUUGCAACAACAGGACACCCUUCGCGCCUGCACACUAUGCGGUCGUAUCGCAAUGGGAACAGCGAGUGCGCGCUGCCGCAUUGUGCGACAACGCCAAUCCCGCCCUCAUACUGACGACAGCUAUAUUGUCGCUCACAAAUACCAAGCCGGCGACGAAGCGCUCUCGAUCUGUCCGGGAUCGUGACACCGCUGUAUCGACCAGGCCGCCAUCUUCGCAGAACUCCGUCAUGUUACAUGCGCCGCCAUCAUCUCCGACGUUGCAGCCGCCUGACAAAAGGUUCCGGCCGGAAUUGUUCGCAAGAUGUAUGCCGUUGUAUCAGUAUAAAAAGCUCCGACAAGGCGAGAUACGUCUACUCCAGAUCUUGCCCGGGCACUAUAGUGACCCAGUACAGUGCACACUAUCAACGGUUAGUAUCAACGAGGUCGAACAACAACCUUACGAAGCGCUGUCAUACACAUGGGGUGCUUUAGCGGGUAUGCAGUGGAUCCUUGUUAUCGACAAUGACGCCUCCGGACGAACACAUCACGGUGGCUUGAAAGUCCGGUGGAACUGCUACAAUACACUGAAACGCUUACGGCGGGAAGAUUCCUCGAGGACGAUGUGGAUAGACGCAAUUUGCAUCGAUCAAGAUAAUCUCGAAGAACGAAGCCAACAGGUCGGCUUCAUGUCGCGGAUUUACUCUCUAGCCGAGCAGGUUGUGGUGUGUCUCCGAUAUUGGGAUAAAGUCGAACUUCCAUACGAAACAAAAGCCCGCGAAUCGAUGAUCGGCCGGCGGCCCCUGGAGCCGACGGAAAAUCGGGUUAGAGGAGGAAUGAUAGAUGAUUUUUGCCGCGAUGCGCAGAACAUGAUGCGCGAAUACGAGUGGUUCCAUAGGGUAUGGGUCGUUCAAGAAGUUGUCAAUGCACGCAAAGUUGUGUUUGUGUGUGGAAGGCACCAGACACCAUGGGAUGCCUUUGUCUCACACUUUGGGCAUUAUCUCGCCGGUGUCUGGUCAUUGCCCGUGCCACUCUCACAGGAAGACUGGAAGAACCUCAAUGCGCUCGAUGCAGCUCGUAUUCUGCGCCCCUGUCGAGCUACCGAGCCACUUGACAAAGUCUUCGCGGUGCCGGGUCUUCUCAGAGACGACCCUGGCAUCACAAUCGACUAUACAAGGCAGCCAGAUGCAGCUUAUACACUCUUUGCGCGCGAGACGAUCAGCGGCAGAGGUGAAAGUUCUGAUUGCGUUCCGGGAGAGAGUCUUGACAUCCUUUCUGAUGCCAUUCAGAGCACACCGGCAUGCAGCUGGGCACCAGACUGGAACAAGGCGAGACGUGUCAUGCCCGUGGGCGGAGCAUACAACCGCUUCGAAGCGGGAGGCUGUUGCCAGAGAGCUCGGAGGCCGUGGCGAUUAUUGAGGACCGAUCACCUCCGUUUGCAGAUCAUCAAGCUUGGGAGAAUCGCGGAUUGCGCUGAACCAUGGGGAACGGAGGGGGCUCACGGUCACAGGUUUGGGGGCACUUCGGAGACAAUGCGGUACAAUACCAUUCAAAGAGACUGGACUGAACUUGCUAGAGGAGCCGGACUCGAGCGGGCUUCUGAGGAGCUCCGGUGUCUCUUGCGGGACGAUCAUGCAAUAGACUGGGUCGAUGACCGUAGGCUGCUCCUGCUCGACACCGGUGUGCUCUGUCUCGGGCCUAGAGUUCAGAUGCAAAUCAGCCCCGUCAGGGUAGAGGUAGGUGAUAUGGUCUGCAUCAUUCUCGGAGCGCGGACACCUUUUAUACUCCGCGAGGCAUCCCACCUCCGCCGGCCUGAUCCGGACGGCUUGCACGGCUGCGAGAGCUGCGUGCAAGCCCGUCUUGUAGGCGACUGCUAUGUAUCUGGUGUUAUGCACGGCGAAGCGGUGCGGUGGGACUGGCGUAUGGACCACGAGGGCUGGAUGGUCGUUGAGGGUGUCAGCGAAGCCUUCUGGGAGCGAGGGUACCGGCUCGAGCAAUUAUAUCUCUACUGA